AUGGGGAAGUUCUUACACAUAGGUGUUGGUUUUGCAGGAGAAGAUGAAAGUCAAGCUGCUACAUGGCAUGCUGUUGCUUCAUGGACAUGGGAUGCCCAAGAUGAAACAUGUGGAAUCUGUAGGAUGGCCUUUGAUGGUUGCUGUUCUGACUGUAAACUCCCUGGUGAUGAUUGCCCAUUGAUUUGGGGUGCAUGUAACCAUGCUUUCCAUCUUCAUUGCAUAUUGAAAUGGGUGAAUUCACAGACUUCUCAAGCACAUUGUCCCAUGUGCCGUAGAGAGUGGCAGUUCAAGGGAUAGUCAUUAAGUGAAAUUUCAAAUAUUUUUAGUAAUCUGCUUCUGUGUUAAAAUACGUCCUUUUCACUGUCCUCUUUUUGAUCUACAUCUAUUCAAGAAGCACCAAAUUUAAAUUUUGCUUGUGCUUUCGCUAUUAUGUGUUAGGUGAAGUGGACUGCGGAUUGGGCAUCUGCCAAUAAUUUGUCAUACACUCUCCUUGGUUGUCACUGAGACCUUUGUUCUCUGGUUUAUUUUACUGCUGUGAUUAAAAAAAAAGGGGUUCUAGUCACAUUGUGGACCUUUAACUAUUAUCUGAAGUCAGUGAUCUUUCUAUUUUCGGUCUCCUUAAUGAUAUUUGUUUCUUCUGAUUAA